GCACAACAGAAACUAUAUGGCGAAAACAAACCAAGUUGUGGUUCCCGGAACAUGGUAUAUCAGGUGCAGCUUUCAGUCCCUUGUUGCCCUUCUUGUUACCGUUUUAGUCAUCGGAGCUGUUUAUUUGACCGGAAAGAGUGAGCAGUUACUAGAAGAUCCGGAGACCGGCAAAAUUUCCAAUGACUCAUUGUCCGCGUGCAAUUUGUUUUCAGGCAAAUGGGUAUUUGAUAACAAGUCUUACCCUCUAUACAAAGAGCAGGAAUGCACUUUCAUGUCCGAUCAGUUGGCUUGUCAGAAGUUUGGAAGAAAGGACUUGAGCUAUCAGCAUUGGAGGUGGCAACCUCAUCAUUGUGACCUUCCAAGGUUCAAUGCCACAGCAUUGCUCGAAAGACUAAGGAAUAAAAGGCUUGUAUUCGUCGGGGAUUCGCUUAACAGAGGACAAUGGGUUUCGAUGGUCUGCCUAGUUGAGGCAGCAAUCCCUUCUGGAUUCAAAUCCAUCCAUGACAAUGGCUCCUUGAUCACCUUUAAGGCCAUGGAAUACAAUGCUACAAUUGAGUACUAUUGGGCUCCAUUGCUAGUGGAAUCCAACUCGGAUGAUCCGGUGAACCAUCGAUUACCAGAUCGAAUUGUCAGAGCCCAUUCUAUUGAAAAGCAUGCUAGGCAUUGGACUGAUGCAGAUAUACUGGUCUUUAAUUCCUAUCUUUGGUGGAGACGACCCCACUUGAAGGUUCUGUGGGGUUCAUUCGAAAGCUCCGAUGGAAUCUAUAAAGAAGUCAAGAUGCGUCGUAGCUAUGAGAUGGCUCUAAGAACAUGGUCAGAUUGGUUGGAAUUUCAUGUCAACCCUAACAAGACCCAACUGUUCUUCAUGUCUAUAUCACCAAUUCAUGAACGGGCUGAAGAAUGGGGGGAAGCUGAGGGCCAAAACUGCUACAAUGAAGCAGAACCAAUUUGGAAAGAGGGUUAUCGGGGGAAGGGAACAGACCCCAAAAUGAUGAGAAUAGUGGAGUCAACCAUUGAUGAACUGAAAACAAGAGGUUCAGAGGUACAAUUGAUCAACAUAACACAACUUUCCGAGUACCGGAAAGAAGGCCACCCAUCAAUCUACAGGAAGCAAUGGCAGCCUCUAACUGAAGAGCAAGCAUCUAACCCUCCUAGUUAUGCAGAUUGUAUACAUUGGUGCCUUCCUGGAGUUCCUGAUGUUUGGAAUGAGUUCUUGUAUGCUUACAUUUUUCGUUGGACGAUUAUGUGAUUU